UUCAUAAAAACUAUCCCCCGGGACCUCCGACUUUCCCGAUCAUUGGAAAUAUGCAUGUUAUAAGCAUGGAAAAACCUUAUGUGACAUUUCACGAGCUCGCUGAGAAGUACGGCUCAGUGUACAGCCUACAGAUAGGGACACAGAAGAUGGUUGUGCUCUGUGGCUACGAAACGGUAAAAGAUGCUCUAGUCAACCAUGCUGAGGAGUUUGCUGGGAGACCCCUUGUGCCAGUUUUUGUAGACAUUUCUCAUGAGCAUGGUAUUAUAUUCUCUAAUGGCAACAACUGGAAAUUCAUGAAACGAUUUGCUGUGUCUACUAUGCGAAAUUUGGGGAUGGGGAAGGGAACAAUAGAAGAUUCGAUCUUGGAAGAGUGCAAAAAAUUUGGUAAAAACCUUUAAAGCUUACAAAGG